CUACGCAAACGUUUUUAAUCGACAUUCGCAGCAUGCAGGAUUCACUUGUUAUUUGGAUCUGUCCCAGACCUCUUUAGGCUAAAGCAAACCCCAACGCCCUUGGAUUUUGGUCAAAGUACUGAAGUAAAAGUUCUUUAAUAGCUUAGAAUAUUUCAUAUACAUUCUGUCUUUUUUUUUCUGCGUACACAUUAAGUCAACUAGAGUGGGGCUUUAAAUGGCAAAUUAUAUAUGGAAAGGUUUUUAGCCAGUGAAGGUUUAUGAUGUUCCGUUUGGUGUUUUAGAAGAACCGACAGGUCUCUAAAUAACGACAUCGAAAUGGUUGUUUCCAGACGAAAAAGUCUGUUUUCGCUGCGUAGACGUUAAAGAAUAAAACCACAAUUUUUGCAAAUCGUUAGCUUUUCCUAGAGACAGCAUGAUUCUCCCAGCCGACAUUGCCUUAAGUAACUGAAAGAGGUUACAAUAAAAUUGUUACUCGCCGUCAAAUUACCAACAGCUACUUUUUCUUUUAGGAAAAUACUUCUAUGUUGGACCUAGGGUUUUACAACCUCUCUAGUUUAGAGAAAACUCGCCAAAUCAUAAAAUGCGUAACAUGUUCCGCAGUCAUGUUAGAAAAAAAUAGAUCCGGUUUGGAUUGUUUAAACCUUUACUUGUUUUAACCGCUGAAACUUCCGCUAUGAAAGUGUGCCUCUAAAAACAAGCGGUCUUCAUUGAAAAAGCUCAUUUUAAUGUGUAGCGCAUGUAGCAGCAAUCAUAAAAUCAAGUAUUAAUUGCAAAUUCUUCGUGAACAAAUAAUGACAGUAUAUAACACAUACAAUUGAUGCUUACGAGAUAGCGUACACCAAUGAGGGCUUUGGAGAGCGAAUUACAAAUGUCAUUGUGCAGUCAAGACCGAACGCCGAACAAAUUAUUUAUAAGAAAUAUAACCGCAUUACCAUCUUUAAAAUACCUGGGGGAUGGGCUAGUUUAUAUUCAAGCCAACAGGUAUUUAGGUGAUUAGCUGAGCAUAACGCACAGUUUGCAUUCCUUACGGGUUGAUGAACGAGAAGAAUUAGAUCAGCAAUGAGCAUUACUUGUUUCCACCCCUAUUAUAACUUUUAAGCUCCAUCAAUUAAGCAUUCUCUAAAUUUCCGCAGAAAUGAUGUUUAAUCUAAAGAAAGACCCCUUCUAGUUUACCAAGAACUGAAUCUUUGCAAUGAGGAGAGUUAAAGGAAGCAAAUACAAACAAGUUCGUAAAAAAUCCAAGUCAUUAGGCGUUAGUUUGCUGGUUGAAAUCGAGUAACAUGAUAAUUAUCGCGCUGACCAAUUUUUAGAAUUUUGAAUAGUUUUCUUUGAGACUAUCUAGUGCCCACGGCCUUUUAAAAGCUGAGCCGCCUCGUUUCUUGCGGCUAUAUUUCUACGCGGUUUCAGGCUUUACUUGCUGAAAGUAUCACAUGCCGACUACGGUCUAUUUUUAUAUUCAACGAUAAUAUUCAGAAGUCUGACUAAUUGCUCCGUCAGAUUUUGAAGAAGAUACUUACUCGUAAACUGCGUAAAAAUCCCGAUUUUAUGCGGCAGGAAUGGGUGUAGUUUGCGGUCAAUUUGUCACUGUUAUAAUUUGUUACAGACCACUGCAGCGUGUAGUUUUAAACCAUCGAACUUGCAGUCCGGAAAGGCCCCACCGGCGGAGACUACCUGACAACCAGGGAACGUGUUGCCUUAUGUUUUGUUUUGGAUGAAAAAUUGUGUUUCCGUUUUUAACAAUAAAGCAUGCUACAGACCCAUUUUUCCUAUUAAAACAGUAGCAUAACCGUAUUGACGUUUUUGCGAGGCUUGGUUGACCAAUUGCAUAAAGAGACUGAACCCUGUUCCCUCUCCUACCUUAUAGUGGACUAAGAAACUCUAGUGGUGUACGUGGUAGAGGAGUUGCUCCUAGAACCAAUUUGAGCUGAUGCGAAAAAUGUGAUUUAAUUAUGGUGUACAUCAACAUAUAUUGCUGGCAUCUGUAAGGUCUGGAAGUUGACACGUUUUAGUCAUUGCGGCAUGUAGGACCUAUACCCCUUUCUCUUCCCGCAUGAAGGUCUUAGCCCAUCUGUUCAUUUUCUCGCAGAUAAACACACUUACAUAGUAUGCUGGUCAUCUCAUAAUUGAAUCCGGCCGGCCAAGUCACUACUAUCGGUGCAGAAUUUGAAGGGCUGUUUAAUGUAUGGUUUAUGGCAAUGCUUUUAUGGAUGACUUUCUAUCUGCCUACCCUGGGUUUCUUCCCGCUAUAAUGAGCCCCCAAUGUGUGGUCCAGAUCAGUCUAUGUUGCGUUGUUACUUUCAGUACUUUAUUACGAUAAUAAUCUUGCCGGCACAAAAUCUCCAGAAGCUCCGCCUAAAAUAUGUGUCCGCCUUAGUAAUCGGUACUCAAUUUCGCGCCUACUUUAACUAUCAGGCCACGGAAUUUGGUGCUCUGCGCGCAGAAAAACCCUUGCACGCUCCACAUCUAUCGCGGCAAACGAGCGAUUUACUAUAUUUAUGUCCUCGUCCCCCGUAUUCCCUUCCCCCGUGACACAGCUCUAAUGUACCCUUACUGCCACUUACUGUCUCCUCCUUCCCACCCUCCUCCGUAUAUACGGAAAAACGAACCGUGAUCUAAUCAACUUCUCGAAUUUUCAUUCGUUUUAUUCGUAUAAGCAAUCCCUAACCCUACUGUCCAUAAAAAAAACAGUAUGACUGCUAACAGAUAUUCUUUUCUAGUUUCUUAACGACGUUUUCCCCUCAUAAUUUAUCUUCGUCCUCAUAUUGUGCUGCAAAUAUCCUGAAAAAUCUUAAACUUCUCGAUAAUCAACGAAAAACUGAUCUAGGCUGAAGAACCCGGCUGCCCUUUUAACAAGAAUCGCAUCUCCAAUACCAGUGAAACCACUCUCACCGUAUAUGACGCAAAUGCUACCCAGUGUUUUUUGUAUGUGUUGCCGCUAGAAAACCCUUUUAUUGGUUUAGUAGUUCAGCAGAUGUUUAAUCAGAUUUUGUCUCACAAUUUUUUUUUAACGUCUGCUCCGUUGUUUUUACAUACUUUGCUCCGAUACCUUUGAUUGAAUCUAAGAUUUCUGACGUCAGAUGCAAAUUCAAAAUCACUCCUAUCUCUAGAUGGUCAAAUUACGUUGUCUCAAAACGGCCGCACUGUAAAUGGUUUAUUGAGACUUCGGAAAUUGGCACUCACAACUGAACUAGGCUAGGUCAAUUUCAUAAUACCGCAUCAACUGACAUUCUUCUCCGCUAGGUCUCAUUUCCCCGAUGCUAGGCAUUGCUCUAAUAUCCUAUUUUUUGCCAUUUUGCUUUUCUUCUUAACAGGGUCUGUAUUUUGUAUGCCGUAUUUGUGUCUGCUCCUCACACGACCAGGUAUAAAACCUUGUAUGUUAGACGAUAGAAAAAUUUGACCCAUAAUUAGAUCAGAAUAUAAACUCUGAGGUCUGGCUUAUCUUAGUACAUCGCGUGGCCCACAUCCAUUCAUGCUUUUGCCGACUGUUUUCAUUUAUAUCUCGGUCGUGGACAUUGCGUUACUCAUCUUUCAGCAGAUAUUUCCGCAAGGAUACAGCAAAUGGCGAUGGUCGGAGAAAGGUAACAUGUGGAGCGUCUGACGCAGUUAUGGAUAAGGCAUCUUCGUCGCCAAAAAUAGAAGACAGCCGCCGGACGCGGAUACCCGAACCUGCAGCUGCUAUUUCUGUCACGUUGCUGUUAAGUCGACGGGACCCGGCUUCACAGUCAAGUUCAAUGGGGCCGAAAUCCUCGCGCGGAGGAGAGAACCGACUGGGCCCCCGGUCAAUUGACAAGUGCGAUGAUUUCCCGCCAUCGUGUCCUCUGCUUAAACUCCGCCUGAUCUAACAGAGUAAUCACGCAAAGAACGCGCGAGCAAGUACUGUUCUCAGUGGCAGUGUCGAUGAACCUUUGAUCACAAAUGGUGACACGUCAGUGGUGGACGACUUGCAUCAUGUAAAACCCUCUGCAGUUAAUACGGGAGCAGUCGGGUUUGAUAGGUGAACAACUGCAUCCUCUCACCACUGCAAAACCUGUGCGGACAUUACCCUUAUCUGAUUAUGUCGCUGAGGAUGAAUUGGAGUGCGGACUCUAAACACUAGAAAAAUAAACCUUUUGUUUCAACGAUCACGUCUCCUCCCUGACUGCCUCCCGGGACCCACCUCUUUGUGUCUAUUGGGAUUUGAAUUUCGGAUGUCACAGUUUCCGAGUUUCUGUGGUGAGGUACUGGACUAAUUUAUCUUUGUCAAUCUAGUCCCGUUUUCUUUGACCGGAUUGCUUGUUUGAAUGUGACGCAAACCAACACACCCGUACAACCGCUUCGCUGGGGCUGCUAAGCUGUCGCGCUCUGUUGUCAGGUUACUUAACGUUCAGAAUUUUUAUAUUUUUUCACUGCUCGAUUUUACUUACCGCCGUUAAGGCUAAGGGCUCGUGAGAUAUGACUUGUUAGUUCAUGGGAACAUUACUACUUACGUCAUUGGUGACUCUUGACGUUAAAACAGACUUUCAAUGUUAUACUGAAUAACAUUUAACGUACUAUUUGUUUUUGAAUUUCCAUUCCAUUUACGUCGACUUUUUUCAUGAAUGUUCUCGAUAUUUUACCAUCUCUGUCUUGAUUAUUAUGUCUCACUCCAUUCAUCAACUUGAUGCCCCCGCCCAGUCCCUUCAUGCCGUCAAUUUUACCUUGCCCAAAUUCUGGCAACAAGCCCCAGAACCCUAUCUCAUCCGCAUCGAAUCAGCCUUUUAUUCUGCUAACGUUACCAAGGAGUUGGCGAAAUAUCAUAAACUUGUGGAGGUUCUCCCCGUUAGUAUUAUCUGUCAAGUUCAGUUCAUACUAUCUAAUCCUCCUGCGGGGCUCCCUAUUCCACGUUAAAGACAGAAAUUCUUCGACUUAAUUCUGUGUCCGACCGACAGCGGUAUUACCAGUUACUUAAGGAGGAGUCACUGGGUGACCGGAAGCCCUUAGAACUUCUACGUCGAAUGCGUUCUCCCCUUCGAGACAUGCAAGUUGAAGAUAAAUUCGUCAAGGAGAUGCCUCUAGAGCGCCUGUCUGCAGAUGUUCAAACGAUUCUGACGUCCGGUUCUCAAGAUCUCACGGUCUCACAGCUGGCUGAGAUAGCGGAUCGAAUGAUAGGGAUGUAGCGGUUCCAGUCUCCUUCCGUUGCCCAGAUCCCCACAUCUUCAUCGACAGCGAAUGAACAGUUAAUGAAGCAGGUGUCGGCCAUGGCGGAUGAGAUGGCCUCCCUUAAAGUACAGGUCGCACGCCUUACUCUCAGUCGCUCACGCAGCCGUCGUCUUUAACGCUCGCGACCUCGGACUGCCGAUACUUGUUGGUAUCACACUAAUUUCGGUGUAAAGGCCCGUCGAUAUUCCUCAACCUGUUCUUUUAAGUCAAAACAGGGAAGCUAGUCAGCCAGAGAAUAGAUGCGACCGUUUUCUCUGGCUCUUCCGGCUCUGGUCGCACCUUCUAUGUUUGCGACACUGCGACUCGCAGACGUUUUCUGGUGGACACAGGAGCUCAAAUCAGUGUUGUUCCCCCAACUGCAGCUGAUCUUCGUUUCCUCAUACCUGGUCUUCACCUCCAAGUUGCUAACUGUUCCCCCAUUCCCACUUUUGGCAGUCUGCCCCUCACCCUGAACAUUGGCCUUCGUCGGUCAUUUACUUGGAUCUUUGUGAUUGCUGACGUCCCUCAUGCAAUCCUCGGCUCGCACUUUCUAGUCGAGUUCGAUCUCCUUGUUGACUGCGGACGUGCCCGUCUUCUCGACCGCACAACCGGUCUGUCUGUUUGUAGAAUAACUCCCUUUACUGCCCCCACCAACUUAUCUGUCCUGGACACUGAUAUUGCUAGACCCUUUCGCGAACUUCUUCUUAGACACUCCAACAUAAUUACCCCCCACAUUCGCAGUGGUGAGGUCCAACAAGAUGUCGUGCACAAUAUCCGCACCUCAGAUCCUCCCGUGUUUGCUCGGCCGAGACGACCAGCACCGGAUCAUUUCCAGGUCGCAAAGGCGGAGUUUGAACACAUGUUGCAACUGAGAAUAAUUCAACCGUCUGAUAGCCCUUGGGCGUCCCCACUGCACAUGGUGCCCGAGGCGGCAUCAGGCGACUGGCGACCCUGUGGCGACUAUUGUGCCCUCAACAGUGCCACCAUUCCUGAUCGGUACAUCGUGCCUCAUCGUCAGGACUUUGCUGGAGCCCUUUUUCGGCAAAGCGGUUUUCUCGAAGCUUGAUCUGAUGCGUGCUUUUCAUCAGAUUCCAGUCGUCCCUGAGGGCAUUCCUAAAACCGCCGUCACCACACCCUUCGGUCUCUUUGAGUUCGUACGCAUGCCGUUUGGUCUUCGUAAUGCCGCCCAAACGUUCCAGAGGUUUAUCGACCAUGUUUUACGUGGCCUACCCUUUGUGUACGCCUACAUUGGUGACCUCUUGGUGGCCAGCCGGAAUGAAGAAGAACACAAAGAACAUCUUGCCUUGGUGUUUGACCGUCUUGACAAGUUUGGUGUUGUCGUCAACCCCUCCAAGUGCGUGUUGGGUGUGCCUUCGCUCGAGUCCCUCGGCCAUCAUGUCGACUCUGAAGGUUUGCGUCCCCUCCCCUCCAAGGUUGAAACAAUUCGUGAUUCCCCUCCAUCAACUUCCAAGCGUCAGUUACAGCGAUUCCUCGACAUGGCCAGUUUUUACCACUGA